CAUUAGCGGUAAUGAUAGAUCGCACAGGCAUUCACUGGCAGGAUGCGGAGAGGGUGAAACAAUAAUAAUUGAACAGCAAGUGACCCCUUUCACUUUUCAGAGAUUGUACACUGGGUGCAUGGUGAGAUUGUGCGCUGCACUGUGCUUCCAUUCAGAUACGCGCUGGGAGGAGUAUGUGCCACAUUGUUUCCAUGUGUGAGUGUGGGUCAUUGAUGUGAGUGUGUCUAGGUAGCGGCGCACCCCGCGGAUGUUUGAACUUCGUGCCUGAACCUAUAACGGAUGCGUCACGUCGGCUCUGUCAUGCGAAUCCUCCCGUACGCCAACGCACAGCGCACGCUCGCUCCCAAGACGACACCGACUCCGUGACUCUCCAUUUGAGCUGGUGACGCUGCUCGCUCUCUGGCGGUAGAACGGGAUGUUUGGCAUUUGUACCGAUUUGUGCUCGCACGGUGCGUCUUCUGUGAGAUGGACCGAGGAGAGGACCAGUGACCAAACAUGCCUACAGUCCUCCGCGACAAGGGCAAACUUUCCAACGUCUCUUUGUUGCUUCGAUGUGCUUUUCAGGACAUGAACCACUCCUGGCAGUCCCAGCAACCCUCAGGAGGUGGCCAGGCCCAGUGCUUCCUCUACAACCCUAAAGACACAAAGCAGCACACUACUCAGCACAAACAACGUAUGUAUUCACAGUCUAAGCUCGGGGGGAUGACCCACCCUCACCUGGCGCCUCACAAAUCCAUGCUCGCUGAUGACUUGAAGCUCAGCAGUGACGAUGAUGAUGCUGACAAGGGCCCUGAACAGUCAGCCCCCUGGGUUGUUAACAACAGUCUGUCGGAGCAGCACACACACACACAUGGUGGGAGGGUGAGACAUUCCAGCUCAGACUCUUCAGGCUCAGACUCCUACAGUGAAUUGGAGGAGGAGAGCAGUGGCCAGCGCUCCCUUAACCCAAGCCCAGAAACACACUCCGAUCCUGGGACACCCACCGACACUCAGGCCCUUGGCUGCACCAAGGAGAUAUAUCACCCCUCCACCACUCAGUGGCAGCUGGAUAAGUGGCUGAAAAAAGUCCCCAAAAAAUCCUCUUCCUGCGACCAGGAUCCCAGCAAUCACGACCACGCCCAGAGAGCUACAGAGCACCGGUCGCUCUCCCCAGACCCCCACAGAGCUCCAUCUCCAUCCAGACCCUGGGGGAUCAGAGAGGACUACAGCCCCAGCCAGAGCCCUGUUCCCAGCCCGCGCUUUAACUACAGCCCCAGGCAUAGCCCUCGGCCUAGCCCUGGCUACAGCCCCUGCCCCAGCCCCAGCCCCAGCCCCUGUUCCAGUCCUUGUCCUAGCCCCACCCCAAGACACAGCCCCAUCCCUAGCCCGGUCCUCAGUGUCUGUCCAAGCCCCUUCCCAAGCCCCAGAGCCACCUGCAGCCUUAGUUCCAUUCCCCAGCACCCCCCUAGGAGUCCUAGUCCUAGCCUUACUCAUUCUAGCCCCCGCCGCUAUCCUCAGGUUCGGAGUCCCCAUCAGGAAAGCCACAGGCCUCCCACGUGGCCUAGCCUAACAACCAGCCCGAGCCAUAGACCCAAAAUCAGGCCCUGGACUGCCCCUGUACCCAGCACUGAGCCCAAGAGCAAGCCAAGACACAGUCCAUAUCCUCAGCCUCCGCCUCAGCACAGCUCCAGGCCUAAAUCCACACAGACCCAGCCUGUUCCCACUCCCAAGACCACAGCCAAGGCAGCCCCUGCACUGACCACUGAGCUGAGCCACAGGCACAAACACAGACCCAGGCCUAGUCCCAACUCGAGUCCCAAGCUUCAUUCUCAGCCUAGCUUGAAACACGCACGCACUCUAGACCCCAAAAGCCAACACCUAUCAACCUCUGGACAAAGGCCUAAGGAGAGUAGCAGACACAGCCAUAAUUCCAACUCCAACCCCAGACCCAGUAAUGGGCCUAGUUUGACAACCAGACUCAGGACCAGUCUCAGCCCCACACCCAGGGCCAAGACCUUACCCACCACAGACCCUAGCAGAGAGACCAGCAGCAGAGUUGGUCACUGUUCCAAAUCCAGCCCAAAGCCACAUUCUCUGCCUAACUCCAAAGCUAGUUCUGAGCCUCGCGCUAAAUUCAGCCCCAGCCCUAGACCCAAAGUCAAGUCCUGGGCCCCUGCUCCCCACUCAAAGCUUCCACAGAGGAAGCCCCAAUCCAGGGAGAGAGAACAGGAGGUGGACAACCGGAGAGAGACCCAUGCACCAAAGAGGAAGGUAGACAGGCAGACAGAGGGAAAGGGGGAACAUGAGGUAGAGAGACAGACAGAAAAACAAGGAGAGAGUCAGGGGAAGAAACAGAAGGAAAGAAAGGGGGAGAGACAGGGAGAGAGAAGACUGGCGGAGGAGCAGUUGCUUAGACGCCCCUGGGUCCAGAGCUCAGAGGAGGAAGAGGAAGUAGAGGAGAGAAAGAGGAGAAGGGAGGAAAGAGAGAAGGAGAAGUACAAGAGGAGGAGGAAGGAGCAGCAGCAGAGUGGUGAAUGGCAGGCGGUCCAGCCCAAGCAGAGACCUCACACCAACAGCGAGCGCCGUCACCAUCCCAUCGACCCACAACGCCACGGGACCAAGAAAAAGAGGAGGAGGAAGAGUGAGGAGGAAGAGAGACAGUCUCAGCCGGACCCUUCCCCUCCACCAUCACCCUCCUCCCCCACUCCUGUUGUCCCACCCACGGACUCCUCCGCCUCUUCAGAGUCCGACUCGGAGCCCGAUCUGCCUCCCAACGUCACCAAAGUCCCGGCCGACUCCACAUCAAGCCAGCGUCCCAUCCCCAGGAGAGGGUACCAGGGCCCGGGGAGGCCCGCGGAUAGCAGGCCCAGAGUGCUCUACCCCAGGCGCACCACCGCAUCCAACCCAGGCCAGGGGCACCAAAUCCAGGGAAAGCAGAAACUCUACACCCUGGUCCCGUUUGGACGUCGUGAGCUGGCCGCAGCCUCUCAUCGAGGCCUGAGAAACUUGGUGGUGCAGAUAGACCUCUCCCUGCUCAACAGAGUGCCUGAUACUACGACAGGCACCCCAGCCUCUCACAAACACUCUUCCUCCUCCUCCUCUGCCUCUUCCAGGCAGAAAGAAGCCAUGAGACACCUGUGCAUCCCCGAGACAGAGAGAGGAGACAGCAAGAGAAAACGCAAGUCAGAGAAUGGAAUCCAGCACCACAGAGAGAGUAAGAGGAGCAACUCCCAGACCAACGGCCCCUCUGCCCACACAGAGUCUACAACGCACAGACGUCUAGACCCUCACUCAGACACCAGACACAACGGGUUCUUGGAGGACUAUCUGGACAGUACCCCUCUCUCUGACACCCUCGACCCCACCAAGCCCCCCAUCAAAACACAGAACUCAGAGCCUAAGAUGGAGGUUGAGUGUUGUGUUGGGGUGUCAGGGCAGCCUCGGCCCGAGUGUGAACCAUGGGGACCUCCUUUACAACGGGCAGGGGGACAGAGAGGAACCGUGACCAACCAUGAACCCCCACAUCAUGCUGAGUACUACAUGCAUGAAGCCAAGAGGAUGAAGCACCGUGCAGAUGCCAUGGUGGAUAAGCUGGGGAAGGCAGUGAACUAUGUGGAUGCUGCUCUCUCCUUCAUGGAGUGUGGAAAAGCUAUGGAGGAGGGACCACUGGAGGCCAAGUCUCCCUAUACCAUGUACGCAGAGACAGUAGAGCUUAUCAGGUACGCCAUGAAGCUGAAGAACCACUCUGGCCCAGGGGCUAGACAGGAAGACCAACAGUUGGCCGUACUGUGUUUCCGGUGCCUUGCUCUCCUAUACUGGCAGAUGUUUCGUCUAAAGAAGGAUCACGCCCUGAAGUAUUCCAAGGCUCUAUUGGACUACUUUAAGAGUUCUCCAAAAGUGCCUACUACUCCCCCAAUCUGGAGCGACUCAGGAAAGGGCACAGGGGGACCUCCCUCGUCCCUCUCCCCCAGCCCCUCAGCCCUCACCCUGGGCUCUCACACUGGCAGCUCCCCCUCCUCCCUCAUCAGCAUUCCCCAACGUAUCCACCAGAUGGCAGCAAACCACCUCAACAUCACCAACAGUGUCCUCUACAGCUAUGAGUACUGGGAGGUAGCAGAUAGCCUUGCCAGAGACAACAAGGAGUUUUUUAACUACUUGAACACCCUGUCGGGGCCGUUGACUCUCCACAGUAGUAUUGCUCAUGCAGUCCAGUACACCAGACAGGCUCUACAGUGGAUACGCAUCAGUGCCAAUAUCUUUAAAGUUCCACAUGGAUUGAAGGCCUUCAAACUCGCUGCUUUACCAAACGUGCCACAUAUGUAAUCACAAAACACACACAGAAACUGUCUAAAAAGGAAAUGGAAGAGAAACAUCAUACAGUGCACCUGUGAGGACUUUGAUUUCUCUACCGUACAAAAGGACAACAGACAUAUGACCUGGACUACAUCUCCCAUGGGCCUUACCAGGACUAAUGGUUUCAUUAGGGGAAAGGUGAAGUUGGGAUUUUGAGUUUUAUUUUGGACUGUCAGACCCCUCAUCCUAAAAUGUAGACCAAGUUACUGCUAGCUUCUCUGUAUGACCACACUGUGAGAUGGCUCUUUUAAGAACAUUUAGAGAUGCCUUUCAUUUUUUUGAUGUAUUUUUAUGUGCAAUAGGUGUGUCAGAUGAUUUGUUUUUAACAAAAAUACCAAAACAAUGAGAUUUGGUUUUGUUGCCAAGUGGAUGGGCCAGCAUUCAUGUUCCUGUCUAUGCAAAAUGAUUAUUUAUAAUAUGGUGUAAUGUAAUUAUCAAAAGUUGCAUACCGAAUUGUAUUUCAUAAAUGUCUUUUUGAUAUUGCAGUAUGUAUGCAUCUCCAUGUUUGUUGAAGCAAAGUUGGUAUAUGACCUCCUAAAGUCUAACAACAAGGAUGUAUCCCCAAAUAGAACAUGUUUAAUGACACCUAGUAAUCGCUCAGAUAUUUCCUAAAUUCUAUUAGUGUCCCCACUCAACUUUCAAUAUUUAGAUGAAGGUGUGUGUCUGUGUGUGUGUGUGUAUUCCAGUUAAAUGUAUUUGUGAUCAGACUGUGCUUCUCUCCUUCAUCUCUCCGUCUGACUGACUCCCUACCUACUGGGCACACACUGGUUGAAUCAACAUUG